AUGACCGGUCAGUCGGUUUCCCACCUUAUACCUGCUUCGCAGCUCGACUGACUCCUCGUCGAUCUUCCCCCGCGGCCUGCUCUGGAAUAGAUUACGCGGAGGAACGACGGUCCGAAGUCGAGGUGUUGGAGAGUAUUUUUGCCGAUGAGCUCACAAGUGAGUGUCUACAAUGGCUACCCAAGCAGCUCUGGCUGAAGACCGAGGGGGGCUGACGACCCUCGUGCUGCUCUCGAUGUCACAGUGAUAUCGGAUGACAAGCUUGCACUCAAGGUUGAGCCGGAGGAACAAUCGCCUUCUGAUCCAUGCAAGUUCCUACUCCCACUGCGACCAAGACCACUACCCCAGGCGAGGCUCAAGCUGACCUAGAUCCUCCACCCCUACCCUACCAACUCUUGCUGGCUCGAACAACCGCUGCGGACCAUCUUCAAACACGAUACUUCGGGCCCCGCAAACAGACGUCCUCUCCCUCCUCAUCACAUACACGCCAACAUACCCGGACGAGAUCCCUCUCAUCGAGGUCGAAGCGAUCGAAGGCGAGAUCUCGGAUGAAGAGAAUUCGACUCUCGUCACGGGGUUACAGUCCGCUGCUGAGGAUAAUUUGGGGAUGGUUCGUCGUUGGUUGCAUAAUCUGUAAAGCUGGAGCUACUCUGACCGAGUCCAUUUCAACAUCAGGCAAUGGUGUACACUCUAGCAUCGUAUUUGAAGGAUUCGUUGGCCGAGCUGGUCCGACAGCGGAAAGUGAGAAUCGCAAAGGAGGAAGCCGAGCGGCACGAGAGGGAAGAAGAGGUGAGCGACGAUCAGAAAGCAAGCUCAUCACUGACCUGGAGUAGGUGUUGAUGCGACUCCCAUCUCCUCGACCCCGACCAUGCGCGAUCAGGCCGCGACACGGAAAAUGCAAGGCACCAAAGUCACGCACGAGUCGUUCACGCAGUGGAGGCUCAAAUUCGAGAAGGAGAUGGCCGAUGUGUCGGCCAAGGAGGAACAGGAAAGACUGAAGGCCUUACCACCAAAAGAGAGAGAAGAGGCCAAGAAGUUUAGGUCCAAAUUGAGUGGUCAGUCGGGAGAGUCGGGAGUCGGGCGACGUGCUGCUGCGAUCCUGCGGUGAAGCUGACGAUCUGUACCAUCAUGGCGACCAGGUCGACAACUGUUCGAAAAGGGUGAUCCAUCCCUCGUCACAUCGGACAGUGGAUUCGAAGAAGAAGAUGGCGUCGAGGUCGAUACGUCCUUGUACGAAAGGACCGAAAGGCUCAACCUCACGGAUGAGGAAGAUCGUCUUGGACCGAGGUUGGGCGAAUUGAGUGAUUCAGAUUGAGAUAUAGAUGGCGCUGUAUUUUAGCCUUUGCAAUGGUCCGUGGCUUCCUCUCGCUCGGAUACGCUCAAUUCCGAUGUACGAUCUCCCAUAUGCAGCAAAGUGUUCGAUCAUCAACAUCUACUGCUACACAAAGAUCCUGUACUACAGCCGUUUCCUCCCCGCCCCCAAGAGCGUUGUCAAGGAGAUCGAGGAUGCGGCCAUGCUCGCCAUUCACGGUCGAGCGUCGGAUGGUACUCAGCGACGUCCGAAGGUCUCCCGGUCGCGCCUCUGCACCCCUCUCGAUCACGGCGGCUUCGGCUUGAUUGAUCUGCCUCGGCGUCUAGCGAUCGAUCACGCGAAGUGGGUCUUCCAGCUCCGGGCCCCGGACGGCUGCUUCACACGCCACCUCUUCGACAUCCGCAUUCGCCUCCAGGCACCGAACGAACCAACCCCUUUCACCUUGUCCAGACCGGCCCCCAACCAGCAUCGUCGCCCUUGGAUCUGGAUCUGGUGGGCAUACUUUUGCCAUCCUCCCCCGAAGUGGGACCAUGCGGUGAGAAAGACGAGAAAACUACUUCCUGCACGUUGGGUCCGAUACUUCGAAGCCUGGGCGUCGGUGACCACGCUCAAUCCCCCGGAACUCUCCAAGAGCCAGAACCUCGAGCAAUGGGCGACGCACGUACUCUACUUCCCAGCGGGCCACGGAAUACAACUCUCGGUAAACCCGACGCUUUUUCGAGGGCCCGAUGGCGAGGUGAUGACCCCGUCUUCGUUUGUGAACGCGUCCAAACGCCACCAAGCCUUCAUUUUCCCUCCUAUCUUCCCCAAGGGACACCAGAAGGUAUUCGAUCUGCCUGAGCAACGUUGGAACGCUUGGUGGAAGGCUUUGCGCAAGGUUCGCCGGGUUCACUCGGACGCAGAGGAUACCGGCCACCUUCUCUCCCUGGGGUCCCUCCAUCCGGGCAGCCAAGUCGCCUCCCCAACCAGCCCUCACCCCAACAAUCGAUCGGCCUCCUGUGUGAUGUGCCUCUCGGAAGCACCCGAGUGCCUGGCCCACCUCGCGGUCGGCUGCCCAUUUGCCCGGCGUCUCUGGUCUGCUCUGUCCCCGACCCCCCACCCAGUCUUUGUGGACUUUGUAUGUCCGGUCGUGCCUCGCUCGGAACGUCGACUUGUCGAACUACGAGUCCUCUUCUUUCACUCAAUCUGGAAGCUCUGUCGCCGUCGCCGAUUCUCGUCGGAUCUUUUGGAACCGAUCACCGAAACGGACUUCGAGGGGCUUCGAGCCUCUAUUCAGGAGUCCAAGGGUCGCCUAGUGUCUCUGUAA